AUGUUGGAAUGGAUCUCCAGAUUUCCCGGAUAUGACCAUGUGCUUGGUUCUAUCAAGACAAUAGUGGGAAAUAUUAUUCUGACAGGACCUGUUCCUCGACAUGUGGGGCUUAUAAUGGAUGGGAAUAGAAGAUAUGCAAAGAAAGAACAUAUUGAACUUCGAGAAGGUCAUAGUUUAGGAUUUGAGUCUAUGGCCAAGAUCUUGGAGCUUUUAUAUGAAUCAGGAGUAGAAUGUGCUAGUGUGUAUGCUUUCCUGAUUGAGAACUUCAAACGACUGAGUUAUGAAGUCGAAUGGUUGAUGCAAUUGGCUAAAGACAAGUUUACUCAAAUAAGUAAUCAAGGUGAGUUGGCUGAAGAGUAUGGAAUAAAGAUAAAAAUAUUGGGGAACGUUAAACUACUUCCUAAGGAUGUUCAGGAUGUGUUACAUCAAUCCGAAGAAAUGACAAAACAUAAUACUAGAGCUGUCCUUAAUGUUUGUAUUCCAUAUACUUCAAGAGAUGAAAUCACCCAUCUGAUUCAGCAAAUAGUUGCUCAUGAAAAUGAAGAUGAUGAAGAUGAAGAUGAUUUUUUUAUUGAUGAAUCAACCAUUUCAAAUUACUUAUACACUAAUGAAUCGCCUCCACUUGAUUUGUUAGUACGAACGUCAGGUACUUUUAGACUAAGUGAUUUCUUACUUUGGCAGUGUGUUGAUCCUCAUUGUGCUAUAGUCUUUGUCGAUAAGAUGUGGCCAGCUUUUACACCGUUUGAUAUGUGCAAGAUCUUGAUUAAUUGGGGGUUCAAUAAUUAUUGGUAUGGUCAUAGUUCAGGGUUUGUUCGAAGGAAACAAGUUAAGGACACAGUAUAG